AUGGCGCUUGUCAACAACGCAAUUGACGAGAUUGGCAUGACUGGCUUCCAAUGGAAACUGUUUUGGCUCAAUGGAUUUGGAUAUACAGUUGAUUCGCUUCUUGUUCUUUGCCAGUCCAUCUCAAAUCCUGCCGUCCAGCAAGAGUAUGGAAAUCCCAGUGCCCACGUUUCCGGCAUCCCCAUGGCUUCGCAGAUUGGUCUUCUAGUCGGCGCUGGUCUCUGGGGUUUCACUGCCGAUAUCAUCGGCAGGAAGCUGGCCUUUAACACAAGUCUCUUGUCGUGCGCCAUCUUUGUCCUCAUUGCCGGUGCCAUGCCCUCCUACAUCUCCUUCGCUGCCCUUGUGGCCCUCUAUUCAGCAGGUGCUGGUGGCAACUACAUCCUCGACGCAACAAACCUUCUCGAGUUCCUCCCAACUAGCCAUACCUGGCUCGUUACAUUCAUGGCCGUUUGGUGGGCUGUUGGAUAUACAAUCACAGGUCUCCUUGCCUGGGCUUUCAUGGGCAACUUUAGCUGCGCCCCCGAUGCUACGCCUGAGACAUGCAGUCGAGCCGAUAACAUGGGAUGGCGAUACCUUCACUUUACUUGCGGUGGCCUUGUCUUGGUUAUGGCUAUUGCUCGCAUUGCCUUUAUCCGGAUGGUGCAAACACCGCGAUGGCUCAUUGCUCAGAACAACGAUGAGCAGGUCAUCAAGACGCUUAACGACAUUUCUCUAAUGGCCGGAAGAUCACACAGCCUGACGCUGGAGCAGCUGCAGGCAGAGGGCAUUGUUUUGCACACUGAGGAAUCCGCCUGGUCUGCUACACGGCUCAAGAUGCACUUCAAGGGCCUCUUCCAGACGCGGCAGCUCGCCUGGUCCACCAGCGUCAUCAUUGCUAACUGGUUCGUCAUCGGAAUGGUGUCUCCCCUGUACAGCGUCUUCUUGCCAUUCUACCUCGCCUCUCGUGGUGCCGAUUUUGGCGAAACCACAACUUAUACUACGUGGAGAGAUUACGCCAUCAACCAGAUUGCAGGGCUCAUCGGCCCAAUUAUAGCCGCUAUUCUGGUCGAAACAAAGUUCUUUGGUCACAGAGGCACCCUCGCCGUUGGAGCCCUGGUAACAAUGGUGCUCCAGUUUGGCUAUACACAGGUCAAGAAUGAAGCGCAGAAUGUCGGCGUGUCAGCUGCCAUUUCAGCGGCAUCCAAUAUUUACUAUGGCACCAUCUAUGCGUAUACCCCGGAGAUCUUGCCAGCUGCCCAUCGCGCAACAGGUUACGGCGUCUGCGUUGUUCUCAACAGAGUCGGCGGCAUUCUGGGAGUUUUGGUUGGAAGCUAUGCAAACGUGGAGACGACGGCUCCUUUGUUUGUCUGCGCAGCAUUAUUUGGGCUGCUUGUUAUUUUGAGUCUUAUUCUUCCGUUUGAGUCCAGGGGAAAGCGAAGCGUGUAG